AUCUCUUUCCAAGCCACCGUGCUGACAACACCCGCAAGGCAGGGCACCUGCUCCCCAUAGUCCCACAUUGUCCUCGUGGAGACUCAGGUCCCAUGGAGAUAGCUGGGUCGAGGAAAUUGAACAAUUAGAGUUUUGGGAGAGACGCACAGCUGAUAGCUUGGAUCUUGCUUGUGUUUUGAGGAAGCAAUCACUAAUUCUUGGAGCCUCUGGGAGUACGCUUUAGGGGCUUGUAGUUUGUUCUGGCGUUCAAACGCUGUUUAGGACUUCAUUGUGGCACACAGGGCAUGGUCCUUCUAUUUUCUUUGGAGUACGAUCACUUUCAAGAUUUUACAUUUCAAAAUAGAAGACUACAGAGAGUUACCUUCAGAAUUGGACAUUUUUUGAGGAACAGAUAAUCUUUCGCCGUCGCAUCGUGUGAAGAGAAUUUGUACUGCGACAUUCAGAUUCUGGAACAAUAGUCCAUGAAGCAAAUUUCAUGUACACAGUCAUUUUCUGUGCGAUCUGGCAAAGGUUGUCUCUUCUUCUUCAGUUAUAGCUGAUUUGUGAAGCUUUUAUGGUUGACAUUAUAUGCAAAGUUAGUUAGGAUACAGUUAGUGUAUGGAAUGGAGAUUAUUUUUAACCCUUUGUAAUGAAAAGUACGAAGAGCAAUCUUCAGCUCUACAACAGAUAGCCGAGUCCCCUUUUAUGGGCCUGCCGGCUUUUUAGAAGAUUUUAGCGCUUGGAACGUUGCCAUUACUUUUGUACCUUCAGCAAACUUGACUUCAUUCUUCUUCUGCCUAAUUUGUAAAGAAAUGACCUUACGUGUGAUGUUGCACGACCUUGAACUGACAAACUUGUCUUACAGGAUCAAAAGGUACUGAACAAUGGGACUUCUUUAGGGGACUCCCAGUCCUGAGUAAAGUAUUGUUUAAAAAAGGACCCUACCCAUUUCUCCUUUGUUGUGGCGAAUAAUCAACUCCUAUUUUCAGAAGCACGUUGAUUGUUGAUGAGCAAGUGCCUUUGCAUGAUGUCAUAACGGAAUACAAUGAAAGCUCAAUAUUUGGAUAUUAUGUGGAGAUCGCACUCAGAAAAUCUGCAUUUAUUGUGUGCAUUUCCUGACAAUGCUAGAAGUAGCACCAGUGCCCGGACAGAAAAACUUGAUUUAGAUUGAAUGGAUGUUGAUCUUUUCAGAUGCUGUUUCGACAUUAUUUGUGAAUAUACCAGUUGUGGAGAGUACCAUAAAAGUCUAAUUCAGACAGGUUUCUUUAAUGUAUCUUGUCAGCUCUAUAAGUUAUGCUGCAUGUGCAGGUUAGACCAUAUGUGGAUGUUUCAGUACUCCAGUGGAAUCCCUGAUUAAUGCCACUAGACUCAAAGGUUUCUAUAAUUUACUACAGAAGGAUCGUUCACAGGAUACGUGCAUAAAUAUGUUUAUCUAAAGCUGACGGAAGUGCCUAAUUAAUCAACCACUUUUUAAUUGUCUCAGCUAUCUGAGGAAUGUUUUAGGACAGUGUCCAUUGAAGACAAGGAUAAAUAAAGACAGUUUAGAGACUAAUUCAUUACAGAAAUUACUAGGUGAAAAGUCAUUGGUCGCUGAGAUGUCUGUCCGUUGUGUAUUGAAGUGAUAAGAGUUGUUAGGUCCGGACACUAAUGAGCCGUCUAUCACAGGACCUAAAGUGAAGAACAUUUGAAGCGGAGUACAACCUCAAGGCUUUUGAAAGUGUCUGGCAUCUUUAUCGUCUAAUCAUGAGGGAACAUACCAAAUAUCUUUAAUAACGGAAUGGCAGUUGUUGACAAAACUAUGGCUACUUUGUGAGUAUGCCAAUGGAUAUCCUGUAACUUAUAUCUAAUGAUAAUAGGACUUUAUUCAGGAUUGGAGACUGUGAUAAUAAGUUCUAUUAAAAGACUUGUAUUGCCAAAGAGGAUUUUCAACGAUGCCGAGCGACAUAGUAUCCUUUACAUUUGACGGAUGUGCUCAUGACAUCCUCCUCCGAGAUGUCAUGCACUCUGGCUUCCUCUACAAGAAGGCUCAGGAUCGUAAGGUGGAUGUCCUAGGAGAGGUCGGGGAGCAUGUGGGCAGGGUUCUGGGGUUCCAGGACCGGUCAAGGAGGUGGCAGCUACGCUACGUCAUCAUCUAUCAGCACUAUGUAUUGUACUUCAGGGACGACAAGGCCAAGAAGCCACAGGGAGUCUUCUCCCUGACAGGCUACAACAGGGUCAUGCGAGAUGAGGCGGUGUCAGACGAGAGAAAAUGGUCAUUUAAGAUCAUUGGGUUGAGGUCAGAUUCCAGAACGUGGUACUUCAAUGCAGCAUCAGAAAAAGAAAUGAAGCUAUGGAUGGCAUAUUUCAAAGUAGCUAUGGAACAAGCAAUUCAUGGAAAAGCAAGAGAAAAGUCAUUAAAAAUCCUUCAGGAUCUGAAAUACAAGAACAGCCAUCGAGACACGCUCUUCGAGGACGAGUCAAGGCACUCGGGGUCAAGCAGCGGGGGGUCGACAAGCGGAUCAAAUGACCCCCUGGUCUACGAGGAUAUCGAGAUGCCCCUCUAUGAUGACACAGCGAGUCCUACCAGUCCUAACGCACCACUCCAUCGACCCCUGCCAUCGUUACCUACAAGUACAGACGAUUUUGAUUCGUGUCCAAGGCGGUCAUCAGCUGGUGCUAUGUCGGGCAUUAAAAGACCAAAUCAAUUGUCUACAAGGUCACCAAUGGAUGCAGAUCAGGCAGUAGGUCUAGGAUCUAGAACUCACUCCGAUCCCACCAAGCAUCAAAAUGACAGCUCCUCCUCCUCCUCCUCCUCUUCCUCCUCCUCCUCAUCGUCAUCCUCCUCCUCCUGUUCAUCAUCUGGGUCAAUCAGGGGGUCGUCCAUGCCAGGAACGAGACUUAAGGUCCCCUCUAACUCGGCACCAGGCUCACCCAGUAGUCGACCGCGCUUUCCGGAACCGCUUAAGAUCCACCAUUUUGAUGAGGACUACAUCACACCUGAGAUGGAUGCCCAGUCACCAAGCAGACCUCUACCGCCGACGCCCGGUACUCCAAAGAUGGGUCAGAUGAUCAUGCCGAUGGGAAAGAGCCUUCAACAAGAACUGGAGAAUAGAAAGAGGAGAGAACCAAGCAAGAGACUGACCAACAGGCAGCCGUCCAUCGAAGAGGGAUCGGAAGAAGACAAACCAACGUUGAGGAGAGGACCUGAGGGAAACAGUUUCAGGAAACCUAUCACAGAAAGACCUUUUCGUGGUCCUGAGCCAGUACUGAAACCACUAGUAUCAGCCAAGCCCUCAGAUGCCAUCAAACCAGCUACAAGACCAAAGCCUAAGAUUAUCACACCAAAACCACCAGUCAAGCCCAGGCCAUCAGGUGGACCAGCCCCUGCGGUGCUGCUUCCUGAGGCAGCAUCUAUCCAGUCCUCAGACAAGAUCCACACAGAAGGUCUUUUACGGAAGUAUCGCUGUGAUGGGAUGUACCUAGUAAGACUAGGAUCAGAACAUGGCCAGGUUCUUAUGGUAUGGGACAGUCAGAACUGCAGAUGUAAACACUAUAAAAUAUUUCAAGAUCAGGAUUCCAAUCUUCACUUGGACCAUGUCCCUAAGUUUGACAACAUCCUCAAGUUACUAGAACAUUACAAGACCAACGCGUUACCGAACAGCAAGCUCUAUCUCCAGAAAGCUUUCGCUGGUUGAGAGCAGGAAAACAAACAAACAAUCUGAAGCUGGGAUUCUCUACUGGUACGCUUACCAUCGUGUCAUUUACAUAUGUUACCAUGGCAACAGAUGCUUGCGUCUGAAUGUAAGAGUUGAUGGCGAAAGACUCUAGAGCUUCCAGGAGAUGCCUGUUCACAGAGCCAAAUACUGAUGUUGGAUCCACGUAAAAGCAUCUUAAAUUUGAACUGUUUGAAGCAGUGUGUGGUUCUAGACCAAAUUACGAAUAUCCCAAGCCCAAUUGGACAAGUUUGUGAUGGUGCUUUGAAUAGUGAGGCUCUUGUGGAAGACCAUGUGAAGCGUUUCAUUUCUAUAAUGUUCAGAUGAAUAAAUGGCAUCGUGGGACGUUGCUGAUUUGUCAAGAUGCUGCAGUUGAGAGACAAAGUUUAUCAUCAUCUCAGGCA